UUUAUUUGCGCCAUUUUGGAUCGGACAGUUUCUAGGCUGGAUGUGUAUUGUCUGUCAAGAGAGAAUGGUUUCACCGCUGUGUGCUGUCCGGCAGACUCAGGCGCUGCGAGCUUUUUGACUGAGAGAGCGGUUCCUCCCGGGUUGUUGCUGCCGACAGCAGGACAUGUGUCCGCCCUCUGCGCUCCGCCGAACGGAGACUGGAACAGUCUGAUGAGGCUCGGAGGCUUUCAAAGCCCGACCGGAGGGAAGAGGAGAGGAUAGCCCCUGUCGGCGAGGGACCGCCAGGGCUGGGGAGAGCAGCGACGGAGCUAGUGAUCACCUGAGAGGAUAUCAGCGGGAUAUUAGCAGAAGAAGUGUCCGUACUUCGUGUCAGCCAUCCCGGGGUGACACCUCUGACUCGGGCGGGAGCAGUGGACGUGAAAGCAGGUGGGCAGCAUGUUCCAGCUCCCGGUCAACAACCUGGGCAGUCUGCGGAAAGCAAGGAAAAAUGUCAAGAGGGUUCUGGGAGACAUCGGCUUGGAGUUCUGCAGAGAUCACCUAGAGGACUAUAAAGACUACAUUCCUCCAGAGGUGUAUAUUAAGCACACUAGCUGGGAAGAUGUGUGCAUGUACGAGCCAUCACGUACCAAAUUCCAGGACUACAGAUCGAAGCCUUUCUGCUGCACUGGCUGCCUCUUUUCAUCCAAGUACUUCUCUGCAUACAAGAGCCACUUCCGCAAUGUCCACAGUGAGGACUUUGAGAACAAUAUUCUGCUCAACUGCCCAUACUGCACUUACAAUGGCAACAAAAAGACUCUGGAAACACACAUCAAACUUUUCCACAUGCCUAACAACACUGUGCGGCAUGGCCCUGGUGGAAUGGUGGCCGGGGCUGGCGGGAUCAUGAUGAAGGAUGGGUUGCUGAAGAGGAGUGGGGACAGUAUGGAACAGGCUGUGUACUAUUGCAAGAAGUGCACCUAUAGGGACCCAUUGUACAAUGUAGUGCGAAAGCACAUCUACCGAGAACACUUCCAGCAAGUUGCCCAGCCCUAUAUCGCAAAACCAGGAGAGAAGACAAAUGCUCAGAAUGGCGGUACAGCAGGAGCAACAGGAAAUACAGAGAGUAAUAACACAAACAAUGUUAAUAAUAGUAGUAAUCAGAUUCACUGUAAGAAGUGUCUGUUUGUUCCAAGGACAUACGAGGCACUUGUUCAACAUGUCAUUGAGGACCAUGAGAGGAUUGGCUACCAGGUAACUGCUAUGAUUGGGCACACCAGUGUGAUAGUCCCCCGUCCCAAACCCAUCAUCAUGAUCCCCCCCAAAACCCAAGGAGAUAAGACCAUCAUUGGGAUGGGCCCUAAAGGUGCAGUGAUGGCCACUACCAGGACUCCUAGCUCACAGCAUCUGGGUCGGGUUAUUAUUUCAUCAAAGACGGGCUUCAACUCUCAGAGUCUUCUGGCUGCGAUGAAGCAUGAUGCAGUCGGAUUAAAGGCUGGGACCACCCACCAGUUCUCUGUUGGCAGUCAGGUGAGAGUUAGUUUACCAGGGAACGCUCAGGUUUCUGUGCCCCAGCAGUCACAUGCAGCAAAGCAGCUUAUUUCUGGCGGCGGCCUGCGGAGUCCAGUUGUGCUCAGUGCCUCUUCUUCACUCAAAUCUAACUCAUUGGGUUCACGUGUCCAGGCAGCAGCCACAACUGUAGCAUCUCUCACGGCCAAAAAAGGUGGUUCCUCAGUCCUUGGCACGUCCUAUACUCAGAAGUGGAAAAUCUGCACUAUCUGCAAUGAGCUCUUCCCAGAGAAUGUGUACAGUGCUCACUUUGAAAAAGAACAUAAAGCAGAGAAGGUGCCUGCUGUUGCCAACUACAUCAUGAAGAUCCACAACUUCACCAGCAAGUGUCUCUACUGUAACCGCUAUCUCCCCAGUGACACGCUGUUAAACCACAUGUUGAUCCAUGGCCUGUCUUGCCCACACUGCCGGGCAACCUUCAAUGACGUUGAGAAGAUGGUGGCCCACAUGCGGCUGUCACACCCAGAUGAGAGUGUUGGCCCACGCACAGACUCUCCCUUGACCUUUGACCUCACUUUGCAGCAGGGCAAUCCGAAGAAUGUUCAGUUGAUUGUUACUACCUACAACAUGAAGGACGCUCCAGAGGAAUCGGUGGCAUUUCAUGCUCAAAACAACAGCCCUGUGUCAUCGGCCUUGUCUGCCUCGCUAUUAUCAAGCAAGAGGUUAAUGCCCCAGCAUCCACCCAAAACACCUUCAGUGGGUGCUGACAAUGUGCCAACCAAGACUGCUCCACAGGCAUCUGUGCCCUACAAAAGGGAUGUGGGAAAGACACUAUGUCCUCUUUGCUUCUCUAUCCUUAAGGGCCCAAUUUCAGACUCACUGGCCCACCACUUGAGAGAGAGGCACCAGGUGAUUCAGACAGUUCAUCCGGUUGAAAAGAAACUGACCUACAAAUGUAUUCACUGCUUGGGGGUGUAUACCAGUAACAUGACUGCCUCCACCAUCACUCUACACUUAGUGCACUGUCGAGGUGUAGGGAAAUCCCAGAAUGGACAGGACAGUCGAGCACCUCUUUCUUCUCGGGUCAGCCAGGCCCAGAGCAGUGCUCUUAAACGGGCUGGCUUUCAUAGCUCAGACACUAGUGCCCCAAAGCGAAGGAGGCCGGGACCCCCCGGUGAAAGGGCCCACCCACGGGAUAUCAACGGUCCAUCUUCGUUUGUAGAAAAUCCAGAUGAACCUGUAGUUUUAGCUCUCGACCCCAAAGGACAUGAAACUGAGUCAUACGAGUCUAGGAAGGCAUUUCUAACGCAGUAUUUCAAUCAAGCGCCGUAUCCCACACAGCGGGAGGUUGAGAAGCUAGCAGCCAGUCUGUGGCUGUGGAAGUCCGACAUCUCCAGCCACUUUGUCAACAGGAGGAGGAAAUGCACACAGGAAUGUGAAACCCUAAAUGCCAGCGUUUUGCUCGGCUUCAGUAUGCAGGAGGUUAGCAAAGUGAGACACGAGCUUGCUUUCAUCCAGGAUGGUGUGUAUGAGGACAGACAUAGCAAAAGGCGGACAUCCAGGACGCAUAUCGGCAUGUCGGAACAGGCUCUGCGAAAACACAGGGAGCUUGUAGCUGCUAAUGGUGGUGUGGACCCCUCACCAAGGGGAAAGCCCAGUGCGACUUUGGAAGGUUCUAGAGCAACGACAUCUUUUCCCAAACCCAACAGUGCCAGCACAGACCAAGCCAAGACAAUCAACAGCACCUCAGCACAAAACCUUCCUCUGGACCUAUCUGAGCCAAUUGCUAUUGACUCUGACAGUGAUGAAGAAGAGCAGCAGAAAGAUGACAGGGAACUAGAGGGAGAGUUACAUUGCCAUGGUAACGAACAGCUUACUGGAGCUAAGGAGGAAGUGAAGCCGAGGACAGGGGCAAAGAAUGGUUCAGAUCUGGAUGAUAUGUCUGACGAUGACGAUGACGAGGAUGAUGAAGAUGAUGAGUAUGAAGGAGAACAUGUAGAGAAUGGCUUCAGGCCCACAGAGGGCUCAGGGAGACCGGUUGCUAAAGGAAGAGACGCUCUGCCGAUCAUUAUUCCCAAGUUUGUGCCAUCUGCCCGAAGCCGGAGAGACGGGGCUCAGCUGGGCAAACAGCAGGUCUGACUGGAAAAACCCAAACCACUCACAUAAUCUGAGAGACACUUUAGAUUUGAUCCACGCCAACAAAUCUGCCUCGUCUGAACGGAAGGACACCGCGUUGUUGGAUUGGACAUCUCUGAAGGAGGGAGCGAGGAGGAAAGAACGCUCCUUGAGUGGAAAAACUCAAAACAAGCCAUUCAAAGACAUUUUAAAGGCAGGACUUUAAAAGCAGCUAGGGUCGAUGUAAAGAGUUGUGAAGUUUUAAUGUUUCUCAAAGACAACAGUGAAGUUACACCAAACGAAUAGACAAAGUUUUUUGCCUUCUUAUAUACUUUAUUACAUUGAGAUGAUGAGUGAUUAACGUUAAUUAAGCCACUGAACUUGAUUGUGGCUUAAAACAAGUUGUUGUGAGUUCAAGCUUUCAGGCUGACCAGAUAAUCCAUUGUUUUUCAUGUACUUAUACCGAGUUAGGUAGUGUAAAUUUGUACAGUCUUUUAGACAUGUUUGGACAGUGUUGCUGUACAUGUUCCCUUAAAUAUUUGCUUUUACCUGUGCGUAAGGUAGCCUCAUAUGUUCUAUAUUGAUAUGCUUAAUGAUAGGUGUUGCUUUGGUGGCUGAUAUUUUCAUGUAUGUUUAAGUUUAUUUUUUAACAAAAACCAAGGGUUUUUCUUUUGCAAAAUAAUAUAUCUAUAUAUGAAUGAAAAACAGAAUUGAUUUGUUUCCGCUUUUUAAUUUGAUAAUUUUAUUUCUCUCACAGUAUAAAGGAGCAUUUCACCAACUUUUUGCAGCUAAUAAACCUCUACUGUACUUGCUUUCUAAUUUCAUAAACUUUCUUCCUUUGUCCCACAAGAGUGGACAGUAUCACCACAUUGGCAUCCAUAAACGUGAAAGCAAUUAUUUUUUUUCCAAAAAGAGUUGUUUAGUAUGUGUUCUUUGAAUUGUGUGUAUUUGUUUUUACGUUUUCAUUUUUCACUUAAGCAUUUAUGAACAAUAAAGUGCUGUAAUUGUGCUUCUCACACAA